AUGAUUCAACUCCAGCUCACAGCCGUGAUAGCUUCUGUCUCGAUUUUCCUGGCCAUAGUCGCUAUAUUCCUUCGAAACGCGCUUUUGGUCGCGUCUGGCCUCUAUGUACGCGUAAAUCCGACCGGUUCAGAGCGCGUCUUCACGCCUAGCCCUGCUACGGAUAAACUUGCAUCCCACAUAUAUGCCGACGAUGGACUUCUCCAUGUCAACCCAAAUGGUCAGCAUCCUAUCAUCGAUCUAAUGGGACGCGCACAGAAGGAGUGGCAAACGAAACUGGACCGUGCAAGUAAAACUUUACCGGCUGCCGUCGCAGAAUACCAACGACGUUACAAGAGACUUCCCCCUCCUGGCUUCGACGCGUGGUGGAAUUACGUGCAAGAACACAAGGUGAUGCUCCCCGACGAAUAUGAUCAAAUAUGGCGAGACUUGGAACCGUUUUGGGCAAUGGAACCCUCAGAUCUUCAAAAGCUCAUAGAAGACGAACAGGCUGAGGUGGAAACCUACACUAUCGGCAGGGAUAAUAUGACGAGUCCGGUCGCGCUCGUGAAUUAUACUUUCGCAGAUCCAGAACAUUGGAAGGAGAAAAAUGCUUUGCGUGGGGCGGAUGACAUCGUCGAACUACUGAAGGAUGUUCAACAGCACUUGCCGCCAUUUCGAGCACGGAUGCCCAGGACGAGAGGGCUGCUCCUUGCAGCGGCCGCUAAAAACCAAACUGUUCCAUUUUCUGAGCUUCCCAAGGCCGAAACGAAGAACCUCCAGUUGACCUGCCGUCCGACUUCUCCAGCUUACAAGUAUGGCAUCGAUUUCACCAAGCCAUCGCCUGCGCUUCCAAAGGGCAAGACCUUCAUAUGGAACCACCGAGCGUCCAUGGACCCCUGCAUCCACCCAUCCAUCUUCUACCAACACGGAGAAUUUCUGGGUCUCGACGACAGGAACAUACCGCCUCAAGGGAUUAGACCGCGUUUUUCCGAUUGUUCGACCUUCGUUCACUAUGACAUACAACUCCCCACCAUGCUGGGGUGGGUCGAGGACGUUGAGCCCUCCGACGAUCCAAACUGGGAGGACAAGCACGAUCAACGGAUGACCUGGAGAGGAAGCAAUACGGGAAUCUGGUUCGACGGUGGCUUGCGUUGGAAGGCUUCCCAGCGAGCACGUCUGGUGCAAAUAGCAAACGAAGUCGCAGGUACAGUGGACGUUCUCAUACCUGGUAAUGGGUCCUCGUUCUCCGCCGCCGUUGGCCCCGGCGUCCCAAUAGACAAGGCGAAGAUCAAUCCUGCACUGUUCGACAUCGCUUUCGCCGGGAAUCCCAUCGACUGCGACCCCGACGUAUGUCGGGAGCUGGAAGAGAUCUUCGACUUUCGCAGGCGGCAAUCACUGAAAGAAGCUGGGAAGCACAAGUAUAUAUUCGACAUGGACGGCAAUGCAUGGUCCAGUCGAUUCAAACGGGUAAUUGUGACGAGGUCGCUUGUAUUCAAGUCGACUGUUUAUCCUGAGUGGUUCCUCGAUCGCAUUCAACCGUGGGUUCACUACGUCCCAGUGCAAAUAGACCUUUCGGAUUUCCACGACACCUUUUUAUUCUUCCACGGCGGCUUGUAUGGCGAGGGUGGGCAUGAAGAAGAGGCAUCGAAGAUAGCUGCUGCCGGCCGCGUGUGGGGGAAGACCUACUGGAGGAAAGAAGACAUGACGGCUUAUUUGUUUAGACUGUUUUUAGAGUAUGCACGUGUCGUUAACAAGGACAGACAUUUGUUAGUGUUCUCUAUUUAG